ACAUUCACUCACUAAUAAGAUUUUUCCAUUUAAAAUAUUUUCCAAAGUCCAAAGUCAAACACAAUCAAUGAUUCAAAUAGCAUCGUGUGUUCACUCUGUUUAGUAGCAUCCAAAAUGGCGCAUUCUUCUGUUAUAGUCUUCCUCUGCACUCUCCUUCUCUUCUUUUCUCCGUCAAUUCGUGCCUCCGACGAUGACGUGGCGCUGCACGCGAAGAAGCUCAUCAGAGACCUCAACUUGUUCCCCGACGCUGACGUCAACAUCGUUCCCGUUGCUAAUUGCACCCUCCAACCCCGCAGGAUCGUCGAGAAGCGCCUGAGGUUCCCGAAGCUGCUAGCUUCGGAUUCCGAGCCUUCGGUUGAGGAUUUGGGUCACCACGCUGGCUAUUACCCCAUUCAGCAUUCACAUGCCGCAAGGAUGUUCUACUUUUUCUUCGAAUCACGCAAUAGGAAGGAGGAUCCUGUCGUAAUUUGGUUGACUGGGGGACCUGGGUGUAGCAGUGAAUUGGCUUUGUUUUAUGAAAAUGGCCCUUUCAAAAUUGCUGACAACUUGUCUCUUGUGUGGAAUGAGUAUGGUUGGGACAAGGCAUCAAACCUUUUAUAUGUUGAUCAACCAACUGGAACUGGCUUUAGCUACAGUUCUGAUUUGCGUGACAUUCGUCAUAAUGAAGAGGGUGUCAGCAAUGACCUGUAUGACUUUAUUCAGGCCUUCUUUGUAGAGCAUCCCCAAUACGCCAAGAAUGACUUUUUUAUUACAGGAGAAUCAUAUGCUGGACACUAUAUUCCUGCCUUUGCAACUCGUAUCCAUCGAGGAAACAAAGCUAAAGAAGGAAUUCAUAUAAACCUGAAGGGAUUGGCCAUUGGUAAUGGACUUACUAACCCUGCAAUUCAGUAUAAAGCUUACCCUGAUUAUGCACUGGAAAUGGGCAUAAUUAAGAAGGCUACACGUAACCUCCUUAACUUAGUAUUGGUUCCAGCCUGUGAAUCGGCAAUAAAGCUGUGUGGCACUAAUGGAAAGACUUCCUGUAUGGCUGCAUAUGUAGUUUGUAAUGUCAUAUUCAGUGACAUCAUGUUACAUGCUGGAGAUACAAAUUACUAUGAUAUCAGAAAAAAGUGUGAGGGAAGCCUUUGCUAUGAUUUUUCAAACAUGGAUAAGUUCCUGAACCAACAAUCUGUUCGGGAUUCACUAGGCGUUGGGAAAAUUCAUUUUGUUUCUUGUAGCACUGAAGUUUAUGCGGCUAUGUUGGUGGAUUGGAUGAGGAAUCUUGAAGUUGGUAUUCCUGACCUUCUUGAGGACGGAAUCAAUUUGCUUGUUUAUGCUGGGGAAUAUGAUCUAAUCUGCAACUGGCUUGGUAAUUCAAGAUGGGUUCAUGCCAUGGAAUGGUCUGGUCAGAAAGAGUUUGCAACCUCACUUGAAGUUCCUUUUGUUGUUGAUGGAUCAGAAGCCGGAUUACUGAAGAGCUAUGGACCUCUAAGUUUCCUUAAGGUCCAUAAUGCGGGUCACAUGGUUCCAAUGGACCAGCCCAAGGCUGCAUUAGAGAUGCUGAAGAAGUGGAUUAAUGGAACCCUUGCUGAACCUAGGGAUGAUAAGGAAAAAUUGGUUGCUGAGAUGUGAUCUCUUUUAUUGCUUAUUUAAUUAGUCUAGCAAAAGGGAACAUAAAUGAGAAAAGAAAUUGCAGAAGUGUGACCUGUAUGUAGUUUGUGUGAUAUGAUACCACCCCCACAGCACAAUUCUAAAAUGACAUUGUACUAAGAACUUCUAUCAUGGAAGAAAACCUACUAUUCUAAAGGAAUUCCGUAUUUUCUGCUUUACAUGCUUUAUUUUGUUUCACAUAAGAUCA